AUCUGGAAAAACAAAAGACUUAAAAAGACACUUUGAGGGAGGGACCUAAUUGUUUGGAUUGCUUGGGUGCCAAUGCGUAUUGAUCGGGGGCAUUUUAAUCCUGCAUCGAUAAUUUACAUCACCGAUUUCAUCGUAUACUGUAUAGCACUUGGAGCAGUAUAUUUGAUGAUCAUCGCGAAUAUAACAACGAAAAAUGACCAGUUUCAGUGUUGCUAAGAGAGCUAGCAUAUCGUUUACCCGUACUUUGAUUCGUCAAAUCGUUCCAGUGCGACAUUUGACGAUUGCGUCCAAGGAAUCAAAGAAGGUGCAUGUGACCUUCGGUGACUCCAAGCGCAUCAUGAGCUACGAGAAAGGCGUGGAAGUCAAGGAAUUGCGUUCACUUUUCCUCUCGGAGUUCUCUGAUGUGUUGGCAGAUGAUAUCUCACCAGCGAAUGUCAAAUUCCAAGUACUUGAUGAAACCUUUAAAGAUUACGUAGACCUUGGAAACAACCAACAACUAGAGGAAAAUGCCCAAAUAAAGGCGAUAACUUUUGCAACAAAAGAAAAACAGGUACACAGCAAUUGCCAUGCAGAGGAUGGCUCUUCUCAUUUCCAUCCAUGUCACAUUGUGAUUCCUUGGUAUCUGGUAACGGAAUCACAGGGACCAACUCCUCCUGAUUUGAAACCUCACACCAUCAAGAAAGAUGUCCCUUAUCGCUUCUGGAACCCUGUCAGUAACGGCUUGAUGCAGAAAGUUGGCCAGCAAGUAACUUGCAGUGGUGGCUUUCCUAGCAGCGAUACGAUGAUACAAGCAAAAUCGGUAGGGGAUAAUGAGUUUCAUUUAGUGUACAAUGGUGACGGGCCACCAAACGGUUACCUGUACAUAACUUCAACUCGGGAAGGUCAAGAAGUCACUGUUAGCUCGACUCCAACAAGCGGUUCCAUUUUUGUACCCAACUAUUACUGGGGCCAGACAAUGUUCAGAAGCAAACCCUAUUCCACGCUGUAUCUGGGAAGUGACGGCAAUAGGAAUGCAACGCUCGUAACAAUGGAUGAUCCUUUUUAUCCAAAUCCACAGGCUUUGUUCAUUGUCAAUAAGUAUAACCCCACUACACCAAUCAGUACGGAAAAGUAAUGGAUGGACUAAGGCUGAGGGAUUUCCGGUGAUCAUGCAUGGCAUCUUAAGUUUAAAAAAAGUCGCGGCAAAGCGAGAUCAAUAGAUGUAGUUUUCUGAGUUGAUUACCUGUACACGUUCUAACUUUUGAUGUAAAUUAAAUGCCUUUUAACCAAAGCUGCAGGCUAUUCGGUUUUGGUACAAGUACUUGUAACUGUAAGUUUUAGCAACAUUGCAAAGCGAGGUCAAUAUAUGUAGUUGUCUCAGUUGUUUACUUGUACAUAUAUACGUGUUCUUUCUUUUAAAUAUGUAGUUAAGUAGUUUAUUCGUUGGCUUUAAACUCUGAGCACCUCUAGCGACUUUCCCAAUGCAAUACGAAACGCUGUGUUUGUCAAGUACUGGGCAAAAGGCAAGAGAUUAUGAUCAGGUAAAAUGGGUGUUAUCAGGUAUAAGAAUUAGAUAAUUAAUUUAAUUAAACAAAUUGAGCUGUUAAGUUUAAAUCAAGUGCAAGAGAUUGUGGUUUUUCUCAUGAUCCAUGAGUGGAAGGAAAACUAAACAAAUAGAACUCACGGACGGUCAAGUAAUUUGACUCGUGGAGGGCGCGCAAUAUGGUUACUUUGUGGUGUAGCAUGUUUAACUUCGAAUAGGGCGGUUCCGACAGGGCAGACUGGCCUUUUUCUUAUGAAGCCCGCGUUUGAUACAUCACAAUUCUAACAUGGCACCGAGGCUUUCUACUUAAUGUAAACUGCGAAGAGGAGAGGGCCUUGGUCAGCCCCACCUUCGUUUUCGUUUACAUGGAAGAGUUUGGCUGUUAUAUAUUUUAUGCUCUCUUCGCCUAAGACUAUAAUGGACCCUUUGGGCUAUACGGCGGCCAUUUUGAAUUGUGUUGUUUCAAAUAGCUAUUGUGCGGUGCUCAGAGGGGUAAAUUAGCAUGUAUUUGCCCCCUAAGCAUCCCAUAAUGGCUAUUUCAAACAAUAGAAUUCAAAAUGUUCGCCGUAUCGCUGGAAAAGUCCAUAAGGUACCAUCAAGUGUAUGUUGACGAAAGCUCUGAUCUAAGUACGAUAACUUAGCACUUCAAUCAUGAGGGAACAAAGGAAUACUCAUACAUGUUCUUCUAGUCGUUUGAUGAUUCCGAAAAACUGAUGUAAACUUCGGUGGUGGGCUGGAAAUUAGCCAACCCGCGGGCAACGUUAAUUUGCAGUAAUAAAGAAGCUACAGGAUGGACGCAUAUUGAAAACGUUUCGCUCUUAGUUUAAACUAGUUGUUCUUAAUCCAUUUCAGUAAUCCCAUGGUAACUGACCGAAUUGUUAUCUUGUUGGUUUAUUCUUGCAUCAUUUAUUCCACCCCAUUCCCCUAUCGGCCACUUCACUCUCACCCAGUUUCUUCUCAACCUUUGCAGCCGCGGUCAGACCCUUCCAGCUCCUUCCAGCCGGAGCCUGUUCACAGGGUCAUUUAUUUUGUUUUUCCUUCCUCUUUACGAAAGGAAAGGAUUUCGCAAUCUUUUCAGUGUAUACUGCCUAGGUCUUGUUCAGGGUUGGUGAUUUAUCUGUGUCAUUGUUUACCUUAAGACCUCUGUCACGUCACUUUAGUUGUAUUGAAUGUAAAUGGUGUAGACAGUGUAUCAUUAUUGUACUGCACUUAUGUAUGUUGUCGUUGAAUUAAAGAAUAAAAUGCGCUCUACGA